UUGGGUGACUGCCAGAGUGCACGUGCGUGGUUUCGCAUUCCUCUUCAGGUCACCGCCCCCCACGUCUGCAGGCGCCUCCAGUAACGACAGGAGGAGCAAAUCGACAGCCUCGCCGCCACCAUGAGCGACGUCGACAAGCAGAGGCAGAUCAGCGUGCGGGGCAUCGUGGGCGUGGAGGACGUGGCCGAGGUGAAGGGCCGCUUCAAUCGCCACCUGCACUUUACGCUGGUCAAAGACCGCAACGUGGCCACCCCCCGCGACUACUACUCGGCGCUGGCCCACGCCGUGCGCGACCACCUGGUGGGCAGAUGGAUCCGCACGCAGCAGUACUACUACGAGAAGGACCCCAAGCGCAUCUACUACCUGUCUCUGGAGUUCUACAUGGGGCGCACUCUGCAGAACACCAUGGUGAACCUGGGUCUUCAGAGCUCCUGCGAUGAGGCCAUGUACCAGCUGGGCCUCGACAUUGAGGAGCUGGAGGAGAUCGAGGAGGAUGCGGGCCUCGGGAACGGCGGGCUCGGGCGCCUGGCAGCCUGCUUCCUGGACUCGAUGGCCACGUUGGGAUUGGCGGCGUACGGUUACGGCAUCCGCUACGAGUUUGGCAUCUUCAACCAGAAGAUUACCAACGGCUGGCAGAUGGAGGAAGCGGACGACUGGCUACGCUACGGGAACCCGUGGGAGAAGGCGCGCCCCGAGUACAUGAUCCCCAUCCACUUCCACGGCCGCGUGGAGCAUGGCGAGCACGGGGCCCAGUGGGUCGACACGCAGGUGGUGCUUGCGAUGCCGUACGACACGCCGAUACCCGGCUACGGCAAUAACACCGUGAACACAAUGCGGUUAUGGUCAGCCAAGGCUCCCAGAGACUUUAACCUCAAGGACUUCAACGUCGGGGACUACAUCGACGCGGUGCUGGACCGAAACCUGGCCGAGAACAUUUCCCGCGUGCUCUACCCCAACGACAACUUCUUUGAGGGCAAGGAGUUGCGGCUGAAGCAGGAGUACUUCGUGGUGGCGGCGACGCUGCAGGACAUCGUGCGGCGCUUCAAGUCGUCCAAGUUCGGCUGCCGCGAGCCCGUACGCACGUGCUUCGACUCGUUCCCCGAGAAGGUGGCGAUCCAGCUGAACGACACUCACCCGGCGCUGGCCAUCCCCGAGCUCAUGAGGAUCCUGGUGGAUUUGGAGAAGCUGGAAUGGGACCGGGCGUGGGACAUCGUGGUGCGCACGUGCGCCUACACGAACCACACGGUGCUGCCCGAGGCUCUGGAGCGAUGGCCCGUGCAUCUGCUGGGCAAUCUGCUGCCACGCCACCUGGAGAUCGUCUACGAGAUCAACAUGCGCCACCUCACCAAAAUCGAGGCACUGUUUCCGGGGGACUUGGACCGCAUGCGCCGCAUGUCCCUGAUCGAGGAAGAAGGCACCAAGCGCGUGAACAUGGCGCACCUGUGCAUCGUGGGCUCGCACGCCGUCAACGGCGUCGCGCGCAUCCACUCCGACAUCAUCAAGGCCACUUGCUUUCGUGACUUCUGGGAGAUUGAUCCGAAGAAAUUCCAAAACAAGACGAACGGCAUCACCCCGCGCCGCUGGCUCCUGCUCUGCAACCCGGGGCUCGCCGACGUCAUCGCCGAGCGCAUCGGUGACGAGUACGUCAACGAGCUGUCGCAGCUGGCGAAGCUCGGCGACCUGGUGGACGACGAUGCCUUCAUCCGGGACGUGGCCAAAGUGAAGCAGGAGAACAAGCUGAAGUUCUCCGCGUUGCUCGAGAAGCAGUACGGCGUGGCAGUGAACCCCGACUCGAUGUUUGACGUCCACGUCAAGCGAAUCCACGAGUACAAGCGCCAGCUGCUCAACUGCCUGCACAUCAUCACGCUCUACAACCGCAUCAAGAGAAACCCAACGAAGCGAUUUGUGGCCCGCACCAUCCUGAUUGGGGGAAAGGCAGCCCCUGGCUACCACAUGGCCAAGAUGAUCAUCAAGCUGGUGACGUCCAUCGGCGAAGUGGUGAACAACGACCCCAUUGUGGGCGACAGGCUCAAGGUCAUCUUCCUGGAGAACUACAAGGUGUCUCUCGCCGAGAAGGUGAUCCCGGCGUCGGACCUCUCGGAGCAGAUCUCCACGGCCGGCACGGAGGCGUCUGGCACGGGCAACAUGAAGUUCAUGCUGAACGGAGCGCUCACCAUCGGCACCAUGGACGGCGCCAACGUGGAGAUGGCGGAGGAGGCCGGGGAGGAGAACCUCUUCAUCUUCGGCAUGCGCGUUGACGAGGUGGAGGCGAUGGACAAGAAGGGGUACAACGCGCGCGACUACUACGAGCGCCUGCCCGAGCUGCAGCAGGCGAUCGACCAGAUCAGCAGCGGCUUCUUCUCCCCCAAGCAUCCCCACGUCUUCGAGGACAUCGUCAACAUGCUCAUGCACCACGACAGGUUUAAAGUUUUUGCCGACUUUGAGGAUUACGUCAAGUGCCAGGAGAAAGUCAGCGAGCUCUACAAGAACCCCCGCGAGUGGACGAUCAAGGUCAUCCGCAACAUCGCCGCGUCCGGCAAGUUCUCGAGCGACCGCACGAUCGCGGAGUACGCGCGCGAAAUCUGGGGCGUCGAGCCGUCCCGCGUCAAGAUCCCUCCGCCGAGCAAGCCCCGUGAGGAGAGCCACACGGCAGAUACGACAGCCAAAGCAGCCAAAGCAGCCGCGGCAGCCAAAACCGCGCCGCCACUGCCACCUUCGCACAAGGGGCUGGUGCGUGCCAUCAGCGACUACUAAACAAACGGCCCGCCCCCCGCCCGUGCUGCGCCGUGUGGAGGAGGAGGACGGGGCGAGACGGCACUCUGAUCCGGGCUGAGCGGGGAGCGGCACCGGCCCUGGGGCGGUGAGCAACGUGACGCUCGCUGGUGAGGGCGUCGUAAAGGUUGCAGGUGAAGAUACUCUUUGGUUCUUUCGGUAAAGGCAAGUAGAAAAAUAAUAAUAGAUAACGACGUUUCGAUCGCCACACAAGCGAUCGUCCUCAGGUGGAUUUUUAUUUUUUUAUUUUUCUACGUGACUUUACCGAAAGAACCAAAGAGUGUGGAUUCCUGCAGUCGCGAAAUCAAAUCAAGAUUGCAGGUGAAGAUGUUUUAAAAAAAAAGAUGUAAGGUGCACCCUCUUCAAUUGCUUGCUCGUACCACUGCGGGCGGGGGAGCCUCUGCUAGAGAGAGCUGUGGACAGCCCAUCUCCAAGAGGGCAUUUGGUCUACUCUUCCAACACUGUACUGACGUCUUGGGAAUGUGGUGGGGAGUACCCAAUGCAGAACCCUCCGGAAUAAAAUUGUCCGACUCGGUGAGAAUUCCCUGGAUAAAUAGCUGUUAUGGAAUGCAGGGUUUAAUAAUUAGGUAAUGAUGGAUUUUUGUCUGGCCUUGGCAGCACCGAGGGUAAUUUCGUGGUUUGUUGACCAGGCCGCAGAGUGCAGUCUACUGGAGUGUCGCACCACUUCUGAUUGUUUCCCACUCUAGCAGAGGGCUUAACUCUGCCUCCCGUCGUACAGAACUACACAUCAGCUCGCACGUGUCCCUCCCAAACUCUGAACGCCCCACCUUGCAUGGAGCUCAACCACUAAAGUCGGCACUCGCCCUGCCCCCGCGCCCCCCAGGUAGGGGUGGGUGUGGUCCCUUCCCUUCGAGUCUGGCUGACUUCACAGAACCUCGCACGAUUGACCCCGGCCCUCCUUACAGUGCACUGGCGUUGUGCAGAGGCAGCCGCUACCCCAAGUUGGAUUACAAGCCCGACCAGAAAGCCAUGCCAAGCAAGCACUAACCCCAUUGGCAGCACUCGCUAGAGUUACAGCAAUACCUGCCGGUCAGUCGAUUUCGGCGGGUCACGUGUUCCACCCUUUCCAAGACGUCUGCCUAGUGUGGAAGAGUAGGCUAAUGUACCCACUAGAGAGGGGGAGGCCCUUCCGCCAUCAGGAAGUGGUGGUUAAAGGGCCAUUCCGGAAGCUUCUGUCCGACACCAUCUGGAGGAGAUGCACCCGCCGGCAAACGAUAGUGGGUGCUACCAGGCCGUUCAAAAACCGGAUGAGAUGGGACGAGGAUGUCGUUGUUCGUGGCGGUGGUGGCAACACUUAGUGCGUGUGCGUGAGCUCCUUCGGCAGGCAAGGCUGCGUUGGCUGGGUCAUGUCACCCGCGUACCCGGCCACCACAUGCCUAAACAGCUUUUGUUUAGCCGGAUAGAGGGGGCUAAACAGGCGCGGCACGGGGUAGAGAAGAGAUGGAGUGAUGUGGUACAGGAGGAUGUGGAGCUGAGUGGGCUUGCUGAUGACUGGUACUAGUGGUAUCAAAAUCGUCCUCUGUGAAGGAGGCUCGUGAAUGACGCUACUGGGCAGUUGGAGGCAGUCGCCCUCCAACAACAACAAAGGUCAGAGGAGCGACGCUCACAACAUCGAGCGGAGCGCCGGGUGGCUAAAGCACAGCAAGUUGGCACAGUAAGGGGCACAAGGUGGUGCAUCAGCUAGUCAUCUCAGUCGGGCAACCCAUGGCACCUGAGUCUGUCCCGCGACUUCCUGCCAGCGGGCAUUCGAAACUUCAUGUGGCCUUAAUGCGCAGAUGGCCUGGCACAAGCGCCGUGGUGAUGUCACCACUUAUGUGUGCCGAAUGGCGGUAGUGUGCUUGUGUGAAGCCACUGUGCAGCCCAGCUUCACGUGAGAACGUGGAGUUGGAGUUCUUUCCCUGGACGAUGCGAUUGUCUGAAAAUCGGAUCGAGUUGCAGUCUGAUUUUAGUUGGGAUAGUGUUGCACCCUCGCACACCUGGAUUUUCUCAGGGUCUCCGUUUUCCUCCCAUAUAUCAAGACCAAUUAAUCGGCCAAGAACAUCUUUAAAAGUUAAAGGAUCGCAGAGCUUGGGCAAUUGUUGGUGCCGGCUCACCGCGUGUCUGCUGCUGCCUUCCCUACUCCAUCUGUGGUUCCACCUGGAAGCCCCUCCUUGAGUCGUUGAAACACUUUUGCAGUGGUAGGUUGCGAGUUGAGAUUAUUGUUCAAGUAAAUUUAAAAUAAAAUUUACUUCAACCAAAGUUGUAAUGAAACGGGACAAUAGGGACCUGUAAAAAAAAGUGCAAUUGGAGUUUCCUUGGGGAAAAACCUGAUUUUUAGCAAUAAAAAAAGUUAUCUCUUCUAGAUUAUUCUAUAGAUUUAGAUAAUUAUAAGACGUCAGCUGGUUAUGCAGUCCUCUAGGUGUCUGUGUGUGAUGCUCCUAGUGAGGAGUGGUGGUGCAGUGGAUAGCGCAUUGCACUAUGAACCCGGCGACCCAGGUUCCAUUCCCGCUCACGCCCACCAUCUGACAAUUAUCUUACCAGUCCUGAGCCUCCCCUAAGUAGACUCAGCCUAAAAAACUAUACCUUGCACGAUGUGUAAACAUCAGCCUUGAGCGUGGUGUUGGCCACCAACCCCUUGUGCAUAGAAGUGCUCGCUAACAGCACUUGCCCCAACAAUCUGCUAAGUCUAAGGGGGUGGGGGGGGGGCAUCUUUGUCCUUUGUGCCAAGUAAAUGACUUCUCAAUCACUCCCCAGGAUAACGUUUGCCAGGCCGGCCUGCCUGCCUCCAAGCCUGAUUUCUUUGCCAAUGUGAGGAGUCCUAACAUUCGUCUUCCGGAUGUUUGCCUGCACUGGCGUUACAGACGAUGCUCGGCCCCCUCGUGAGUUCACGCCAAAAUCUUCCGCACUAAAAUGUGUCCUUUGCUCCAGGGUUUUUUGGAAACGCUGGCCCUCACGGCCCACCGCCCUUUUUUUCGUAAUUAUCAGGUGGGUGCCGCUCGAAACCUCCGUAAUUCAUAUUCGAGCCGGGAGGCAUAUCGGUGGCCUUGGAACUGCGGACCAGCGUGGAUCCUGGAAACCGUUGGAAUUUUGUGAAACCCCCUGCCCUUGCUGUUUUAAUGAAAAACUUGCAAGCUCAGGCUGAUGCACAGUGGGAGAGAUAUUCUGCUCUGUGCUCGAGGUUGCUCUAACAUUUUCAACAAUAGGGAAAAAAAACAAUACACUCAUUUUACUUGCUUUCACUAAUUGUAACUUUUUUUUUCUGAUAGAUUUUCUUUCAAUUACCUGCCACACCACUGUCCAGUUUACAAUGCGGGGACUUUUGAUUGAGUCAAAUUGUACGGCGCUGAGAUUGGUGCGGUGUCGAGAUUUGCAUGUGUGCGUGCGGGGUCUUAAAAUUGAAACGUUUUAUAUUUCUCGUCCAUUUCUUUCGCCACUGAUCCGGUCGGUCUGGUUGGUGCUGAAGCUAUUGGGACUUGUCUGUGCCUUAAUCACAAAAGGAGUUUAACUUUAUACGUAAUAAUCUCAUACAUAGCAGUAGUAUUUUACAUACUGAGCAUUCGCAAAGUAUAUGAUUGUAACUUUUGUCAUGAAAUACUGGAGUAUUUUAUAGCCCCUUUGUUAAUCCAUCUUUGGGCGAAGGCCUCCUCGCACCUCGACGGUCAUGGGAGUUCAUUAGUCCAGCGUGAGCCAAACCCUGGUUGCUGGCUUUUGUAGUCCACCUAGAUAUUGACCUGUUGUUUUCAAAUGUUAAAUGGUGUUUUAUACAAUUCCUUUUGGGUUAUCUGUUAUUAUUUCUGUUACAUUAACUCCUAUUUUCAACUGUUAAGUGGGAGCACCUCUGUGACUCACGAAUUAAACCAAGCAAAGAUUCAAGCCA